UUCCAUUUGUGUUCUACAAGACAGCCUCUCUCUCCAAGAUUAACAUUUCUUAUGAUUGUUCCUGACAAUGGAUGCACUUCCAGAGGCCCUGCUAAGGAUAGCCAAAAAAGGGCAUGGAGCAGGCUGGUUUUGGCAGCCUGCACGCAGUUUCUGAGCUUUUUAGGUCUUGGUUUUUCUGAUGAGUGAUUUCCUGAGCAUGCCUAGGGAAUGACAGGCAUCUCCACGGGCAGGCUACAUCCACCUCGGCCGAGGUGUCGUCAUUGGCUGCCUAUUAGAAAAACCUACAGGACAAUGCAUACCACUGACUGCCGACUGUAAACACAGGGGAUGUGUGUUCACUUAGCACGGACUUCUGGGAGGGGCCAAGGAAGGGCGGGCUGCAGUUUUAUUGAAUAGAGCAGUGUGUGUUACGCUGCCUGCCUGCCUGCCCUCUCGCUGUGCUCCUGCUGAAAGAAAUCGGUCCUUCCUCUCCGACCUAGUCCCCGGGAAGAAGUUGCAGCCUAUGAGGUGUCAUUAAAACAUUCCGAGAUCAUCCAAUCAAAUUCCACAGGGAUUGGUGAUCAACAAGAAGGCUCAGGUGUGGAUAUCUGAUUGCUUAUCUAUCCAGACAUCACCUGGUCUCCCUAAGCCCGAAACCACGCCAUGGAUGACUUUGAACGUCGCAGAGAACUCAGGAGGCAAAAGCGGGAAGAGAUGCGCCUGGAAGCAGAAAGGAUCGCCUACCAGAGGAACGACGACGAUGAGGAAGAGGCCGCGAGGGAGCGGCGCCGGCGAGCCCGGCAGGAGAGGCUGCGGCAGAAGCAGGAGGAAGAGGCCCUGGGGCAGGGGACCGACCAGGUGGAGGCUCACGCCCAGAACAGUGUGCCCGACGAGGAGGGCAAGGCCACCACCAUGAACACUCAGGUGGAGGGCGAUGAAGAGGCCGCGCUCCUGGAGCGCCUGGCUCGGCGGGAGGAGAGACGCCAAAAGCGCCUUCAGGAAGCCCUGGAGCGGCAGAAGGAGCUGGACCCCACAGUGACAGAUGUCGGCGUGUCGCUGCCCAGCGGGAGAAUGGGGAACGACACAGCAGAAAACGAAAACACCGAGAAGGAGGAAAAGCUCGAACGUCGCCAGGAAAGAUACGCGAUGGAGGAGACUGAAACGGUGCCCAAGGCCUGCCAGAAGAACGCCCGGAGGGAUGCCGAAGACAGAAAUGAAGAGGCCCGAGAAAAAGACGAAGCAGAGAAGCCAAAGCGAGGGAGCGUCAAGGAAAAUCAGGGAGAAGAGAAGGGGGCUACAGUGCAACUUAAAAGAGAAAAGUCCCAAGAAGACAAGCCUGCCUUCAAAAGAGAAGAGUUCAAAGAUGAGAAGAUUAAAAAAGACAAAGAGCCCAGAGAAGAAGUGAAGAGCUUCUUGGAUGGAAAGAAGGGAUUUACAGAAGUGAAGUCGCAGAAUGGAGAAUUCAUGACCCACAAACUUAAGCACACCGAGAAUUCUUUCAGCCGGCCUGGAGGGAGGGCCCUGGAGGCCAAGGAGGCAGAAGGGGCGCCCCAAGUGGAGGCGGGCAGGCGCCUGGAGGAGCUGCGCCGCCGGCGCGGGGAAACCGAGAGCGAGGAGUUCGAGAAGCUCCGGCAGAAGCAGCAGGAGGCGGCCCUGGAGCUGGAGGAGCUGAAGAAGAAGAGGGAGGAGCGAAGGAAGGUCCUGGAGGAGGAAGAGCAGAGGCGGAAACAGGAGGAAGCCGAGCGGAAAGCCCGAGAGGAGGAAGAGAAGAGGAGACUAAAGGAAGAGAUUGAAAGGCGAAGGGCAGAAGCUGCUGAGAAACGGCAGAAGAUGCCAGAAGACGGCUUAGCUGAUGACAAGAAGCCUUUCAAGUGUUUCACUCCUAAAGGUUCAUCUCUCAAGAUAGAAGAGCGAGCAGAAUUUUUGAAUAAGUCUGUGCAGAAAAGUGGUGUCAAGUCAACUCAUCAAGCGGCGGUUGUCUCCAAGAUCGACAGCAGGCUGGAGCAGUACACCAGUGCCAUUGAGGGAACAAAAACUGCAAAACCUGCAAAGCCAGCAGCCUCGGACCUCCCUGUUCCUGCCGAAGGCGUUCGCAAUAUCAAGAGCAUGUGGGAGAAGGGGAAUGUGUUUUCAUCCCCCAGCGCAUCGGGCACACCAAACAAGGAAACUGCUGGCUUGAAGGUGGGGGUUUCCAGCCGCAUCAAUGAGUGGCUAACCAAAACCCCAGAUGGAAACCGGUCACCUGCUCCCAAACCUUCUGAUUUGAGGCCAGGGGACGUCUCUGGCAAGCGGAACCUCUGGGAAAAGCAAUCCGUGGACAAGGUCACAUCCCCCACUAAGGUUUGAGACAGUUCAAGAAAGAAGCCAGAGUAGCCACUCAAGAUGCUGGACCUGCCCAGUUGAAGAGGGCUAAUGUGCUCUGUUUUAUAUUUAUGUUGAUUUACUAAAUUGGGUUAAUUUCCUUUUGUUUCAUUUUUCAUUAUCCCAGUAGGCCCAUGUAUAUUAUCACUAUAUUUAAUAAUCACAGUCUAGAGAAGUUCAUGGUAAAAGUACUGCCUUUGCACAGGAGCCUGUUUCUAAAGAAACCCAUGCUGUGAAAUAGAGACUUUUCUACUGAUCAUCACAACCCUGAACAGGGAUCCCAGCCACAUCAGAAGUCAAGCGGAAAGAGGUUCAAGGUGAAAAUUGCCUGAGGAAUGUGUGCGGUAUCCAGAAAAACAAACCAUAGUGGGGCUUGGUGUUUUUUGUUGUUUUAAAUACAGAAGUCGUGUUGUUUCUGCACUUUAGAAUAAAGCAUGGAAGAAAUUAUCUUAGUAGGCAAUUGCAACACUUGCUCAAAGUAACCCAUUUCAGAUUUGAAAUACUGCAAUAAUGAUUGUCUUUUUUUAAAAAAUGUACGGUUAAGGUAUUACUUUUUUCAUGCUGAUGAGUAUCUAAAUUGGAUGAUGGUGUUAGAAGACAGUGGUACUGAUAUCUUUAGGUUGGUUGCUUUGUGGAUUUCUUUGGUAGUAAUAGUAAACCACGUUAGAUGACCUGAUCAUGUAUGUAUGUGCAUACACGUAUACAAACACACUAAUGGUAGAAAGCUUUUUUAUGUGCUAGACUAUUAUAUUUAGCAGUAUGUCCUUGUAACUAGCCAUUAUCACAGCUUUUCAAAAAUUAAAAAUCACAAUAUUAUAUUAAUAUUCAUAUUUGCCAAUAGAGACAUGGCAGAAUAGGUAUCAAUAUGUUUUCAAUGCCCAACAGAUAACCUGUAAGAAAAAAGAGAGAUUAGAAAUGUCGAAAUGAAUUGACAUUUUCUAUAAAACAUAGUAUUUAGCUUAUAAUUAAAAGCAAUCUUGAAGUCCAUUGUGAAUUUUACUAAAUUUACCAUCUGAGUCAAACUCAGAGCUUGCUGAGAACUUUAUUCUGUUAACAAUCAAGUUCACCAUAGGUUAGCCUAGAUAAUAUCUGAGGUCUCUUCCUUGUCUGAAAUUUAAAGACCGGCAUUUUAGUGACAAGAUUAUACAGACUGAAAUUCCAUGUAUGGGUAUAAAAGACUAGCUUGGUUAAUGUUUGGAAGCAGAGAAGAAAAGUAAACAAAAUCCAAUAUUUAAGAGUCAUGACAGUCCUUCCAUUUUCAUUAUACUGAACCAUUUUUUUUAAAUUAAGUGUUUCUACUUCUAUUAUUAGUCAUUGGUAUUUGUCGUAAGUUGAUAAUGUGUUGAACUUUCAAAAAAUAUGUGUAAUUUUUACUAGUUUUACCAUUUUGCCCAAGAGUCUUUAUCAACUCAUCUUUUUCAGACACGCAAUCCAGACAUCAGAUCUUAGUUUAGCUUAUGAGGGCUCAUCUAGUAUUCACAGUAAAUGAUAAAGGAGUACUCAUGUCUUGGCAAUAUGUUCUAGCAUAGAGACAGGUAGGGUAGUUCUAUAAACUUAUACCUCAUUUGACUUAACCAGAAGUGCCCUAGUCUCAGUUCCUACCACAAUGAGGGAGCCUCCCAAAUGACUUUUCUAAUCUACAGUAUUUCCCUGGAAGAGUUAGCCAGGGCAGGGCUGGUAUGAGCAGUGACCACUGCCUCGCAAAGUCUAUUUUCCUCAAAAAUCAGUAAAGAGUAGUUGAAUUCUCUAGCUUUUAGCACACCUGGGCCAAAGGAAGGAAAGCCACCAAGAUUGCACAAGUCAUCCACCCAUGACAGAGUAGAUAUGAGUCUAUGAUAAGAUAAACUAGAAUCCACAUGUAGUGCCUGAUUUAGCAUUGACUCCCAUCACUGGAGUGAAAUGGAUCGAAGUCUGAAUUAAGGCCCAUGGCGAUGUAACAUUGCUUUGUUGUACUUUUGAACAAGAGCUUCUCCUGAUCGCUAUUAUAUAUAUUUUUUCUAGAAAGUCUAAAGUUGAGAAGAGAAUAUAUCGAUCCUGACUUUUAUUCCAAUAUUUGGAUGGAAUAAGUUUUAGGGUAGAAUUUUGUUCAGUUUGGAUUUAAUCUUUUGAAAAAAUAAAUCCCAUGUUUACUUGUUUAAUUACAAUUCUCUUUCUUAUCUUUAAGAGGUAAAACUGCAAGGUGACUAGCAUGUUCUGUGAAUCUGCCAUUCCUAAAAAUUUUAUAAACACUUGAUGUUUUUCACUGAUAAUUGAUUGCUGCAAUAAAUAUAUAUUGUGAAAAUGCAUCCACAAUAAAUGGAAUUCCUCCAAACGUCA